AAUUCAUCCAUAUUUAAACUAAUCAAGAAUCCUAAACAAAUCUGGUAAAAGAAAAAGAAUCCUAAACAAAUAGAUACUACCUUCACACUAUCAAAAUAGUGCGUUGACAAUCUGCUCUAUCCAUAUAUACACACAAAAAUCAAACAGAUCUCAGCAGAAUUAUCCUUCCUUUUCUCUUUUCAAUUAUUUUUCGUAAGGGUAGUUGCUGAUAGUUUGGAGGUCCAAUGGCGAUUGGCAUGAAGCAGAUGUCCAUAAUAAUAGCAACCCUUGGUGUUUUAUCCUUUGUAUUUGGAGUUAUUGCUGAAAACAAGAAGCCUGCAGCUGGGACUGCAAUACCAGGAAAAGGCGUUGUUAUUUGUAAAUACAAGUCUGACCCUACUGUUGCCUUGGGCUAUUUGUCUUUUGCUCUUCUUGUUGCAUCUUCUGUGGCCGGUUUCCUGUCGUUAUUUUAUCCGUAUCAAGGGAAGUCAAUCCCACAAGCUGCUUUGCUCAAAAACACUAGUUUUGUUGUGUUCCUCAACAUCGCAUU